AAAGAGCAAAUCAAGGGAGGUGGAAGGGGGAAAGGCAGCGAGCGAGGGAGCCGGAGUGUAGUGCAAACCGUGCACACACUCACACACCAAAAAACCACAGCCCAGACAGCUUUUUCUACCUAACGCCCAAGCAAACACAAACCAAAACAAAUAGGGAGAGGAAAAAAACCCCGAGCAAGAGCGCGUGAGCGAGAGCCAGGGCAGAAGAGAUCAGGCAGGCUUCGCCGUCCGCUUGGGGCUUGGGGCUUACAGCAAUAACUAAUCCCAAGUUUGGGCUCCUCUUGCCCCCUCUGCGCCUGCCUUCCCCCACCCCAACCCCACACCCUGACUCUACUAUGCUAAAUGUUGCUGGGGAGAUUUCAGGAGAUUCUUGGGGGAUCUUUGCCUUCCUGUGCGCUGCGCUCUGCAACCUGCCUGCGGUGCCCGCGCUGAACGGCACGGAUGAGCUAGGUGCUGGCCAGUCCAUCCAGAAGACCUACGACCUCACCCGCUACCUGGAGCACCAGCUCCGCACUCUCGCCGGCACCUAUCUGAACUACCUGGGCCCCCCCUUCAAUGAGCCCGACUUCAAUCCGCCACGGCUGGCACGGGCUGAGCGGGUGCCCAGUGCCACGGUGGACUUUGACCUGUGGCGGGGCCUGACCGACAACGCCCGCCUGGCUGCCAACUACCGGGCCUACAGCCGGCUGCUGUGCUACCUGCGGGGCCUGGAUGGGCAGGCAGGCACUGCUGAGCUGCGCCACAGCCUCGGCCACUUCUGCUCCAGCCUCCAGGGCCUGGUGGUGAGCAUCGCUGGCGUCAUGUCCUCUCUGGGCUAUCCACUGCCAGUUGGCCCUGCCACUGGCCCCUCGGUGCCUGCUGCGGCCCCUGCCUCCCCUAACAACUUUCUCAAGAAGAUGGACGACUUCUGGCUGCUCAAGGAGCUGCAGACCUGGCUGUGGCGCUCGGCCAAGGACUUCAACCGCCUCAAGAAAAAGGUGCCACCUGCUGUGGUCACACUGCGCCUUGAGGUGCGGGGCUUCUGAGCCCACCACCCUGCAGCAUCCACAGCCACGGGGCACUGCCACAGCCACCUCGCAGCCUCCUGUUACCACACUGUGCCUUGAGCGAUGGAGCUCCGCACUUUCAUGUGCCACCACAGUCAGCCUGUUUUACCUCACUGGGUAAGAGGGAUGGAGCUCCUCACUGCCACAUGCCACUAUGGCUACUCCACAUCCCCACCAUCCGCACACUGUGCCUUAAGGGACAGAGCUCCUCAUCUUCAUGUACCACCACGGCUAGCACAUAUCCCCCCUCUCACCACACCAUGCCUUGAGGGAUGGAGCUCUUCACCCUGUUGUGCAACCACAGUCACCCCCAUCACCACACUGUGCCUUGAGGAGUGGAGCUCCUGACUUUGAUGUGCCACCACAGCUGCCCCAUGUCCCCACUGUCCCCACAAUGGGCCUUGAGGGAUGGUGCUCUUCAUCCCCAUAUGCCACCAUGGCCACCCCACAUUCCUGCGGUCACCACACUAGGUCUUGAGCAACAGAGCCUCUCAUCCCAAUCUGCCACCACAGCCACCCUAUCCCCCCCAUGUCACCACACUGUGCCUUGAGGGGCAGGAUGGUUAUCUCUGAUGUACCACCACAGCUGCCCCUCCUACCAUGCUUGAAGCAAGGGGUUGUGAGGCCAUGGCAGCCACCAUGCUGAGUCUACUGUGGCCCCUGCUACACCACUGUGCCCCAUGCCCAUCCCAUCAGGGUGCCCUGCAUUCAGGGCUGCCCCUGAAAGGGGAGUAGCCUCUUCCCCCUGCUUGAAGGUAGCAAUAAGCCCUGCUCCAUGGACCUCAGGGUGGGCUUAAGCCACGCCCACCUCAAAAGGACCAAUCCUGAAGAGCACAGGCAUGAACCCUGUCUCGCCCAGUAGCGAUAAGCCCUGCCCAAAGAGCAGCAGGCUCAGCCUCUCCAUGCCAGACGGCAAUAAGCCCCUCCCAUGAUCUGUAGCAAGCCCCACCUCCUUUCCCAGCUCCAACUACAUGUGUCCCAGCCCCAUGUCUCAGCCCCACAGCUGCCUAGUGUCCCCUAAGGGUCCACCCCCAGGCCUUGGUGGGUGCAGCCAGGCCUAAACUCGAUGGGGCCUGCCACAGCCUCCAGCCAGAGCAGGCAGGGCCCCAGGCGGCAGUGGGAGGGGCUUGAGACACGGGGGUGGGGCUUGGCUGGGGGUGGGGCCGAGGGCCCUCCCCACCCCAUAAUGCCAUUGCAGCCCGCCCCAGCAAAACAACCACCAGUCAGGGUAGUGGGCAGGGCCAGGCAGGAGGGGGCUGGGUCCCCAGGGACCGCUGUUUUGGUGCGUUUAAUGAGUGUUUAUUUAUUGGAGAUGUUAUUUAUUAGGGUAUUUAUUGCAGAAGAUCUAUUCUUGUAUUAACAAAUAA